AUGUGUCAUAUUAAGCGAAGUUACUACUGGUUCUGUUUUCGCCAAGAUAUCGAUUUAGUAAUUUUCUAUCCGAAAAUUCUUCGACGACACUCUUUUAUCUACUGUCCUCCUGAUUUCUCUUUCAUCUUCCCACUGUCAGUCGCUAUCUACUCUCCCUUGAUUUCUCUUUCCUCUUCCCACUGUCAAUCGCUAUCUACUGUCCUCCUGAUUGCUCUUUCCUCUUCCCACUAUUGCUCGUUCCUCUUCCCACUGUCAGUUGCUAUUCACUGUCCUCCUGAUUGCUCUUUCCUCUUCCCACUGUCAGUCGCUAUCUACUCUCCUCUGUCAGUUGAUUUCUCUUUCCUCUUCCCACUGUCAGUUGCUAUCUACUGUCCUCUUGAUUUCUCUUCCUUGGUUCCCACUUUGCUAUCUACUGUCCUCUCCUUUGAUUUCCCCACUCUUUCCUCUUCCCACUGUCAGUCGCUAUCUAUUGUCCCCUUGAUUUCUCUUUCCUCUUCCCACUGUCAGUUGCUAUCUAUUGUCCUGCUGAUUGCUCUUUCCUCAUCCCACUUCAUCUACUGUCCUCCUGAUUGCUCUUCCUUUCCCACUAUCAGUUGCUAUCUACUGUCCCUGAUUGCUCUUUUCCUCUUCCGACUGUCAGUUGUUAUCUACUGUCCUCCUGAUUUUCUCUUUCUCUUCACUGUCAUUGCUAUCUACUUCCUCUUUGAUUUCUUCCUCUUCCCACUCUCAUUGCUAUCUACUGUCCUCCACCAAUUUUCUUUCCUUCCCACUGUCAGUCUUAUCUACUGUCCUCCUGAUUUCUCUUUUCCUUUUCCCACUGUCAGUCGCCAUCUAUUCUCCUUUGAUUUCUCUUCCUCAUCCCACUUCGCUAUCUACUCUCCCCUUGAUUUCCUCUUUCCUCUUCCCACUGUCAGUCGCUAUCAUUGUCCUGUUGAUUGCUCGUUCCUCAUCCCACUGUCAGUUGCUAUCACUGUCUUCUUUGAUUUCUCUUUCCUCUUCCCACUGUCAGUCGCUAUCUACUGUCCUCUUGAUUUCUCUUUCCUCUUCCCACUAUCAGUCGCCAUCUACCGUCCUCCCCAUUGCUCUUUCCUCUUCCCAUUGUCAGUCGCCAUCUUGUCCUCUUUGAUUUUCUUUCCUCUUCCCACUUCGCUAUCUACUGUCCUCCUGAUUUCUUCUUCUCUCACUGUCAGUCGCUAUCUACUGUCCUCCCCCUCAGUGUUCUUUUUUCUUCCGACUGUCAGUUGCUAUCUACGUGUCCUUUUCAUUGCUCUUUCCUCUUCCCACUGUCAGUUGCUAUCUAUUGUCCACUUGAUUGCUCUUUUCCCUUCCCACUGUCAGUCGCUAUCUACUCAUUUAUCAGGUGAACAUUUCUUUAGUGCUAGGUUGAUUCCUCACUUUCUAAAAAAUCUAUCUAUCUAUCUAUUUGCAAUAAAAAGGAUUUUUUUGUAUGUAAAAAUUGUCAUAUCUAUCUAUCUAUCAAAUCUAUCUAUCUAUCUAUCUAAAAUCAUUGUCAUAUCUAUCUAUCUAUCUAUGAAUUCAUCUUCUAUCAUUGUCAUAUCUAUCUAUUUUUUUUUUAUCUAA